AUGGAGGUGGGGGGGCCGCGGAGGGCGGGCGUGAGGCGCGUGGAGGAGGGCGAGCGCGUGGUGGUGUACGAGGCGCGGGACGCCAUGCGCAUCGCCACCGUCACGCCCGGCCGCUCCCUGCAGAACCGGUCACGAGUGGGUGGGGCAGCCGUGGGGUCGCGGGUGCGGGCAGCCAAGGGGGGCGGCUUUGUGCACCUGCUCGCGCCCUCGCCCGCCCUCUGGACCAAGGUGACGUGUGGUGAGGCUAGGUUCAGUCCGCUCUGCUGCCAGCAUGCCAGCAGGGCGGCGGGCGCCCAGCACGGCACACUCACUGUAGCGCACCUCAAUGGCCUCUCCCGUGCCCCAUCCCCCUCCCCCCCACCAGGUGCUGCCACACCGCACGCAGAUCCUCUACCUGCCCGACAUUGCUCUCAUCAUCGCACGUCUCGCCGUGACGCCCGGCGCCGUGGUGCUGGAGAGCGGCACCGGCAGCGGCAGCCUCUCGCACUCCUUUGCACGCGCCGUGGCGCCCACCGGCCGCCUGCUCUCCUUCGACUUCCAUCAGGGCCGCGCGGAGCAGGCGAGGUGAGCAGGCGAGGUGAGCAGGUGGUGAGGGGGAGGGAGGGUGACAGCACGUAUGGCGGCAGCCUGCCAUGGUUACUCAUGGUUGCCAUGGAAGCAGGGGCGCGCAGCACGUGGCAGGGGGGUGAGGACGAGGAGAGGAGUGCGUGCUCCCGUCCUCCUCUGCAUUCUUCAGGAGCUCCAAUCCUCUUUCGUUCUGACCUCCCAUUUCCUCGUACCACCCGUGUGGCGCCCUCUCCCCUGUGCAGGGCGGAGUUUGAGGCCAACGGCAUAGCGGGCGUGGCCAGCGUGCAGGUGAGGGACAUCCAGGGCGAUGGCUUCCCUCCUCACCUGCACGCCUCCGCGCACGCCGCCUUCCUCGACCUGCCCUGCCCCUGGCUCGCGCUGCCCUCCGCCGCCGCGUGCCUGGUGGCGGGCGGGCGGGUGUGCUCCUUCUCGCCGUGCAUGGAGCAGGUGCAGCGCUGCUCCCUCGCCAUGCGCGCCCAUGGCCUCACCGACAUCCGCACCGUGGAGCUGCUCACCCGCACCUACGACGUGCGCCAGGAGGCCCUCGCCGUGCCACACCUGCACCCAGCCUCGGAAGCUCCGAGCCUCGAGCCGCCAGGGGAGGGGAAUAAUGGGAGGGCCAGCGAGGGCGACGGUGGUCAGCGGAGUAACGGACGGGUAGCGAAGCGGCGCCGCGAGGAGGGGGGUGGUGACGAGGACGGUGGGAUGGAGCAGAGCACAGCGGCGAGGGCGGAGGGGGGCCGACAAGACGGUGAUGCAAUGGGAGAGGCAGGGGCAGCAGGCAGAGGGAGGAGGGAGGUGGGCAGGCGGCAGAGGGGGGUGGGGGAGAGCGUGGGCGAGGAGAGGCGGUACGUGGCAGCGAGGCCAGUGGCGGAGAGCAAGGGGCACACGGGGUACCUCACCUUCGCCACCAAGCCCGUGUGA